AUAGCGACGUAUUUACAUAUACAUAUUAUACAAUACGUGGUAAUACAAAACAAUAUAAUAUAGAAGAUCGAGUGACGUUCUCUCGCAUUAUUGAAUUCUACAUUAGUGCAUAUACAUAUGUGUAUUACAUAAAUCGUAAUACUCGUAAUCGGAAUCAGCUUCCGAACUGGCGAUUGUUUAUCGCAGACGCAUCGACCGGUAUGUGUACACACGCACCACCGGACCAAGCGUAUCAGUCGCGUUCGAUAGGUCGUUCAGGUAGCAAUAACCGCCACGGGCGCAUCAUGCCACCGCCGCCGCCGCCGCCACCUUCGUCUUACGAGUAAUAUAACAAUAAUAACAGAUAAUAUAAAAUACAAUAUAGUAUCAUGUGAUAUAUUAUUAUACUUCGACAAGACGUUCAAAAAUCCACACCGAAAGCCGUACAUCGUGUAGGAGUUUGUACUGUAUAACAGCCAGCUGAUAGUAUAAUACACCCGUCGCAAUUUUACACUAUUUACCUACACACCGGAAUCGGACACGGAAAUGGCCAGCGAAACGAUGGUGAGCUGCAGAGAACCGGAGGCUGGAGAUUCAAAACCCGAACCCGACGAAUCGUCAUACAUGCUCCGGGACAAAAGAACGUCGCCGUUGACCAACCACGAUCAACAUCAUGAACACCCGCAGCAGAAACGUCAACAAAAAACGUUCGACGACAGCUGGGCCUGGUACGUGGUGGGUGGUUGCGCAUUCGCCAAUUUCUUGUUGCCCGGCAUGUUGAGAUCCUUCGGGCCGGAUGUCUUGGAUGGGUUCGUCGAGGUCCACAAGCUCGAGUUCGAGAACCGGUCCGUCGUCGGUUGCCGUUGGAUACCGGCCACGUUCCACCUAACGUUUUUCAUAGCGGGUUCUUUGUCCUGCCUACUAUACAAACUGAUUUCGCACAGAGCCGUAACGUUCUGGGGCGGACUAUUGGCUUCCGCUGGUAUGAUGUCCAGUUCGUUCGCCAAUUCCAUAUCGCACCUGUACAUUAGCUACGGCGUAAUGGUGGGCUUUGGCGCGGGUUUGUGUUAUUCAGCUGGAAUACUGAUUGUCAAUGAGUAUUUUGACAAGCACCGUGGACUCGCCAACGGUUUGUCGCUGGCAGGCACCGCGAUCGGCGCACUGGCCCUGCCAACGUACCUUGAGUUCUUGACGUUUUCAUACGGCUACAGAGGUGGUAUUCUGAUCGUGUCCGGAAUGAUGUUGAACACUAUGGCGUGCUCGUUGACUUACAAACCCGCGGUCGCGGACGGAACAGUUCAGCAGGACGAGGUGACCUGCGCGAGGCCAAGUGCUUCGUCGUCGCCUACGUCGUCGAUAAACGCGAGAGCGGUCACGACGACGGCAUUUAGGGCGGCCACGGACCUGUACUACGCCGCAGUGGUGUCAUCGCCGUCCCCGCCGCUGUUAAAAUCCAAAACGACGGCGGCGGCGACAUCCUCGACGGACGACGAAGACGACGACGACGAAGACGAUGACGACGACGAACACCUGAAAAACACCCGUUGGCGACGGUGGCUAAAAUGGCGACACCCGAGGCUUAUUGGCGGCAGGCCGGUUACCGAGUUUCUGACCGUGUCGGCCGUCCACGCUAUCAGCCACUUGGCGUACGCCACCGCCGUUCCCGCGCGUGGCGCUGCCCUACAGCUGGCCGCGGCCGAGGCGGCCGGUCGCCUCAUCGCGCCUACCGCUUCGGACCUACUGUCGCCCGGCGGCUCCGCGUCCGUUUAUCUGUACGCAAUGGUGAUGGCCAUCGGCGGUACGGUACUGCUGACCGGCGCCGCCGCCGAAUCGAACGUCGACCCAUUCCAGUGGCCGCGGCCGACGCAAUGGUCAGGGUCCCUGGUCGUGGCCUUUGGGCUGGCGUCCGGCGCGGCCGUCGGGCUAGAACCGCUGAUCGCGGUCCACGUGCUGGGCCGCGAAUGGCUGGCCGCAUCCUAUUCCGCCACGUUGCUGGGCAAGGGCGCAGCCCAGCUGGCCGCCGAUCUGUUCCUGCAGCGACCGUCCACCCCGGUCCGCGGUGGACAAUGGCCGCCGAUCUCACCGUGCGUGCUCUACGCUCUCGGUUCCUGUAUGGUUACCACCGCGGCGGCUUGGACGGCCGCGUUCCUCGUCAAGCGUCACUACGCCACCAAGACCGGGUGCAGCCGUUACGUGAGAACCGCUUGACUAUUACGACUGCGGCCACCGUCACCGUCAGUGGCGAAACCGUCGUCGUCGUCCUACUAUAUCGUGUAUAGUAGGUAUAUCCGGACUGUACAGUCAUACUUUACUUCGGGGACUAUUUUUUCACUGUAAAAUCGACAAAUCGUAAUACCUAUACGCCUAUACGUAAGUACCUACGCCGUUGCACUGGAAAACGUCAAAAACGGUUACGAAUUUUUUAAAGUCUUAAAAGGCUUAACAACGAUCCACGUUUGAGGUUAUAUUGUAAUUUAUGUAGCUCGUAUAAGCGUGAAAGUAACACAUCUAUGCGUAUGUGACUUCUAUUCAUAACUAUGUAUAAGUACUGUGUAUGAUAUAUAUAUAUAUAUAUAUAUAUAGUAUGUAAGACGAGAAAAUUGAACACAAUCGGUGCGAUCCAAAACUCAACGCCAGAUUAUAACCUGCAAAUAUAACACCCAAUCACGUCAA